AUUUAUAUGUUCGGAGUUGUGAAUAUUAAAUAAAAAUAUAUAUGCAUUAAAAAAAGCAAUAAAGUAUGUAUUUUAUAUCUAAAAAACAUAUAAAUUAAAAUGGUUUACACCCAAAAUGCUAAAAUAAAUAAAGCCACAAGUCUCAACUAGUUCUAAACUAAAUUUCAAGUUAAAAUGAUAAAAAAAAAGGUUUCUGUCACACUUUUAGUGGUUUUACCAAGAAAGGCCACUAGGUGUCAACAGUUAGCUGCAUAAUCUUGUUACAAAUUAAUAAAUGACUUUUUCACUACAUUAAUAUUCAUGCAAAAAGGUUUUGAAAUAUGAAAACUUUCAAAAGCUUUCCAGUGAAAAUGGGUUGUCAAGAUUUUUGAAGAUUAAUUUGAAGAAAAUUAGAAUUAUGAAUAUUUACAAAUUAAUAUCUAUUCCUAUGGGGUCCGUUACAUUUAACAAAAUGACUGUCACUAUAAAAUAACUACAUUCGUAUGGUGCAUUCCCACCAGCCGCGGUAGAGGUGGCAAAAACACGCUAUUCAUGCGUUGUUAGACGCUUGACUAUUUGAGUUCACUCGCGUGUAAAAUUCUGAAAACUACAUUCUUAGAGCUUUGCAAAGACAUAUAGUUAGUGUAGGACUAAGAAAUUAUUGUUGUAAAUAGGCCAAAUGUCCCACAUGUGGGACAGUGACAGUUAAAGAGUUAAAUUCCUUGAAUUGUUUUUUUUUAUCAAAAAUAGGAUAAACUAAAAUAAAUCUGAAUGUCCAAUAGGAUUUUUUGACAAGUGAAGUAAGUACUAAGAGCCCAUGAAAACCACAACAGUAUGUGUGUGCGCCAAUAAACUUCUGAUUAAAACAUAAGCUGAGAUAGCUUAGUUUUCACACAUUUAACUCAUGGUUCAUGGUGUAUUAACCUGUUUACUGCAGUAAUAGUGAUGUUUGUGUGUAUAUGAGAACUCCUUGUGACUCCUCCUCUCUUCAGUCCGUGUUUAAUAAAACAUUUGAUCAGUCUCUGUGUAUGAACUUCACUGUGCAGAUGGGGACACAUUUGGUUUCAUAUGGGACUAAGGAAUGUUUAGGAAUAAUCUACAACUAGGACCCCCUUGUCCAUUCCUCUGUUAGGACCAAAAGUUUUUUUAGGAGGUAAUUAUCAGUAUGGUGACGCAUACAAAUCCAAUGUCAGACAGCAACUGGACCACUGAGUACCUGUGUAAAACUGAAGCAAGGAUUUAUCACUGUAAUCAUUCAGAAAGCGUGAAACCUCAGAGUCCACCUCUCCUGAUGGACGCCUGGCUGGUCCCUCUGUUUUUCGCUCUUAUCAUGCUUGUGGGUUUGGUGGGGAACUUGCUGGUCAUCUAUGUUGUCUUUAAAAACCACCAGAUGAAAACUGUUACAAACCUCUACAUAGUUAAUCUCGCCACCACAGAUAUACUUUUCCUGGUAUGUUGUGUUCCUUUCACGGCCACUCUGUAUCCACUUCCUAGCUGGAUAUUUGGGGAUUUCAUGUGUCGCCUUGUAAAUUAUCUGCAACAGGUAACAGCACAGGCAACCUGCAUCACUCUGUCUGCAAUGAGCGUCGAUCGCUUUUAUGUGACUGUUUACCCACUGCAGUCUCUACAUCACAGAACAUCACAGAUGGCUCUGUCUGUCUGCACCUCUAUCUGGAUAUGCUCUUGUCUACUGUCGGUGCCGAUCGCUCUUUACCAGCAUACCGAGUCUUCAUUCUGGUUUGGCCCGCAGACGUACUGCAUUGAGGCUUUUCCCUCUGUCACACAUAAGAGAGCUUACAUAAUUUAUUCAUUCCUGGCUGUUUAUCUGCUGCCCCUGAUCACAAUCUGCAUGUGUUAUGCAUUCAUGCUGAAGCGCAUCGGUCAUCCUGCAGUGGAGCCUAUCAAUGGAUGUACUUUAAUGGAGCUGCAGACACAGGCAGAGCGAGUGGAGGCCGUGAGGAUACGGGUGUCCAGAAUGGUGGUCGUAAUGGUGCUACUGUUUUUAAUUUGCUGGGGUCCCAUCCAAAUACUGAUUCUAAUACAAGCGUUCUGUUCAGAAGAUCUCAGUCACAGUUAUACGCUCUAUAAGCUGAAGAUCUGGGCCCAUUGUAUGUCCUAUUCCAACUCCUCCAUCAAUCCGCUGGUCUAUGCUUUCAUGGGAGCCAACUUUAGAAAGGCCUUCAGAACCGUCUGCCCUUUCAUCUUCAAAAAGAAUGCAAGAAGAUCACAGCUUCUCCCCACACAUAACAGUGAGAUGAACGUCCUUUCAUCCUGACAUUAAAAGCAUUUUUUUUUUUUGAAAGGUUAACUGAGAUAUUAUAGUGUUUCUGAAGCUUUGCGUAGGACAGCAGCAGCACAAAACGCUGUGGGUUUGAUUAAAGUAAACUUACUGAACAACAUCCUAAAAAAUGUAUUGCUUAAAUGCAGUGUAGGUUUGCAUUAAGGCAUUUGCCAAAUAAAUUAAUGUACAGGUAAAGCUGUAUUA